AUGAAAAGGAAGAACAAUUCUUUCCAUCUUGGAUAAAAUUAGCGUUAUCCUUCGCCUACAUAAAAUAACAAGCUUUAAAAUGAUGGAAUUUAAAUGAAUAAUUAGAAUUCUACAUAACUGCCUGAACAUUCAGUUGCACAUCGCAUUUAUAGAUAAGCAAUCGAAGAAGAGUUUUAGGAAAAAAUAUAAAAAAGUGUCGAGCUCGUUCAAGGAUAAAAUAAGUAAAGCUUUUUAAGGAACAGAUAUAAUAAAGAGAAAUUUUAAAUGCAGCCCUCUAUUUAAUUAUAAACAUAAAGUGUAAAUACAGGUUCAAAAUAGUUGACUAAUUCAUCUUCUAUUGUAAAUCUAAAUACCAUUAUUAACUCAAAUGUAUAAUCAAUCGUACAAGUGGAUAAACUAAAUUAGAAUUCAAUUUAAAUAUUAGAUAAUUCGUAAUAGUAAAUUAAACCAUAAACCAACUUAUCACCUAAUAGUGAUAAUAAAUCAGUUUUACCUAUUGUAAGGCAUAAGACAAGUUUUUCAUUAGAUAAAGCAGCCUUAAUAGGGCCAUCAAAGGAGCAUUUUCCAACUCUUGUACCAAAAGUUUAACUAAGAGAUAGAUCUGAAUCUAGAAAGAGAGUUAUAUCAUCAAGCAAUUUGUCUUUCAGUAUAUAAGAUUAACUCAUCCCUGGAUAACCUUCACCAUCUAAAAAAUUAAAUAAAAAAUCAAAAUAAAGUGGAUUAGAUGACAGCAUUUAUAUUGAUGAAGAAAAUAUGAAUGUACCUUCAAACUAUCGUGUUAAGACAGAAUUAUCUACAAUUUCUUAAAACCAAGAAAGAUAUGAUUUAUUGAAUACUUCAUUAAGAGUAAAAACUUAGCCUUAGAAUAACUAGCGUCUUUAUAUUGCUAACAACCCAAAUAAUAAAUUUUAGAUAAUAAACGAGUAAGAAAUGAUAUAAUCAGUACAACUUUAACAGUAAGAAAAUUAGGCAUUGUUUUAACAAAAAAGAAAUUUGAAAUUCCAAAAAGUAGAUCCUUCACAAAUAUAAUCAGAAAAGAAGGAAAAUAAAAAUCUAGAGCAACAAGAACAUGAAAGAAUAAGAUCAUUCAGUACUUCAGUUAAUUAAAAUGAUAAAUAAAUUUAAAUAGAUGAAUAAAAGUAGACAAGAACAGAAAUAUAUCCAAGAAAAAGAAACCAAAGCAUAAUUUAAGAGGAAGAUGAUUUAGAUUAGUAGUUUAGCUAAAAUCUUUAAGGCGGAGCAAGCAUAAUGAUAUAAAAUAAUUCACAUAAUUAAUCCAAAAUUUUGGGUGGAGGACAUUCAAAAUAAUAAAAUAAUCCUUCUAAAAUGUCAUAACACUAAUAAGAUUUUUAGAAAAAAACAAUUUCAGAUUAGAACUACUAAGAAUACAUGCAAUAAUUACAAAAAAAGUAGCCUUUCUUUAAUGAUUAUUUAUCUCCUAUAGAUUUCAUUUCUUUGAUAAGAACUGACGCGGAAAUGAAAGACGAGUUUUGUUAUUUAAAUUAAAUUGGUUUGAAUUGUUAUGAUUGGAAAAUUGUUCCUUUUUCAGAAAGAAACCCACAAAAUUAUAUGACAAUAUCUAGAAGAGGUAUAGUACAUUUCAAAGAGAGUGAAGUGAGAUUUAUGAGACUUGAUGAGUGGGAAAGAGAACAUGAAUUGUAUCAUAAUACAGCUAAUAUUCAUUUCUUUAAAACUUUCAGGAUGUGGAAAAACUUCUUUUUAUGGAAAAAACUCAUGAAAAGAAAUAUUAUGAAGGAGUGUUCAAAGAUUUUAGAGUAUAAAUUAUUAUUAUUAGAUCCUGUUAUGAGAGAAUCGCUUAUUAAGAUUAGGUCUGAAUGUAUUGAAUAGAAAUAAGCUUUGUUUUUUGAUGUUAAAUUUACUUAACCUGUCAAAUUUGACGAAUUUAAGGUAAAAGCUGAGAAUUACAGGAAAAAUCAUUUAGUAAAUUAAGUCAACUCUCACUAAUCUAUAAUUAUGAAUAUUAUUUAAGCUGCAUGCGAUUUUUCAUUGAAGAAAUUCAAAAGGGAUUUCCGUAUUCCUAAUAAAGAUGAAGAUAUUUCUGAUAUAUCUAAUUUUUAAAAUAUAAAAUAAAAAGCAGGUAUGCUAAUUGGAGACUCUGAAUAUAGAGAUAUGCCAUAUGCAGCUGAAGCUACUCUUAAAAUACACUAAAAAAAGCUUAAGAAUUUCACUAAAUGCAUAGAUUAUAUCGUCUUAGAAUCUAAGUUACAAUUAGUUUAAUUUGCAACUGAUAAUUUAGCAACAAAAAUAGAAAAUUUUAACAGGUAUAUGUAAGAUGAAAAUUUCAAUAUAAUUGAACAUAUCAGUUGGAUACAAUGUAUUGCUUCUGAAUGUGAAAAUAAGCUCAGUCUUUUUCCCUCAGAAGUUGAGUUUAAAGAUGAAUUCGAUGAAAUCGUAAGAGCAGCAAUUUAGGAUUUAAUAAAUGAUCAUAUUUAAUUUGCCCUAAGAGGCGAGAUUCUUGAAUAUUUAUAAAGUAAAGAUUUAGAUUUUAUUGAAUUAGCAUAAGAAAAAAUAAAUCUAAGUCAUCUCAUUUAUCAUGAUGAAUAAUUUGUUAACAAUUUAAGAAGAGUUCAAGAAGCCGUGGAUAUAGCUUAUAAAUAAAUAUAUAAAUAAAGCCUGAAAUUAGUUAAACCUCUUGAAAUCUAUUAAGAGCAUCAAAAUAUAAAUCCUUAAAUUUAUGAUGACAUGGAAUCAGAGUAAUUAAGUGAAGUAAUUGAGAAAUAUUAGCACGAUGACUAAUAUUUAUGCUCUUUGAAAGUAGAAGAAGAGCAAGGUAUAUUUUUCUUUGAUAUAAAUCCGAUCAAAGAAACACUAAAAAAUUCUGCAUAAUCCAGCUUAAAAGUUUUGUUUGAAAAAAUGCCUACCAUAACAAUUAUGAGAGCAUACGAUUUUAAUAAGAUUACAGAUGAAUAUUUAAAUUUAGUCAUUAAAAAUCCUUAAACAUUAGAUUAAUUUGUGGUUUUCUUAAAAAAUUAUAAAUUUGUGGAGGCAAAAAUAAAUGAUUUAGGCUUAAGAUGUAGUGAAAUUUUAAAUUUAUACUAUUUAGGAAUGAAGAAUAAAGUAGUGUUUGUUGAAAAAGAUCACUAGACAAUUAUUUCUUCAUAAUCUCACUUGCACACUCUCAGAUCUAGAAUAGAAGAAAUUGAAAAUUUGAUGAAUUCUUUUGUAGCUAAUUUUAAGGAAGAUUUAAAGAAUUUAUUACCUGGAUUUCAUGAAACAGUUAAGCAAUAUAAAUUUAAAUUUGACUAUUCUAAUGUCUUUGAAAAAGAGACAAAUUUAGAAAAAUCUAUUGAUUUUUUAUUGAGCAUAGAAUAAGGCAUUAAAGAUUUGUAUGACUAAAAGCUAAAAAUAAUGUCUUAUGAAGAAGCUUUAGAGAUUUUUGUUGAUAAUCAAACAAAUUUUGAUAGUCUUGAUUCUCUUUAUCAGUAAUAUAAUUUAGUCUAUGCAGUUUUAUCUAACAAGAAAGAAUGGAUAUUUAGAUAUUCAUUAUGGGAAUCCUAACAUUUCUUGUAAAUAGAUUUGAAUGAUAUGGGUUAGCUUUUAGAUUAAUGUAAUAAAGCAGCAAUUAAUUAUAUGAAAGAAUUAGACAAAGGAAAUAUAGCUAUAGAUCUGAAAGAAAAAGUUGAAGUAUACAAAGAUUUUCACUUUUGCUUGAUGAAUUUAAGAUCAGAAAGUAUUGGUCAGCCUUAAUGGGCAGAAAUAAGAGAAAUUAUAUUAAAGGAUAUAAAUAAUGAUGAUCAUUCAUUUUUUAAAAAAUUUGAAUUAAUAAAUAAAUCUGACCUAUUUUCUUCUGUGUAAGCUAAUAAAUACAAGCUUAAAUAUCUGUUUGAUCUUAAAAUAUACCUAUUUAAUGAGUAAAUUAAUGACAUAGCAUUGAGAUCUGAAAAAGAAAGAGAAUUACUCAAAAUUAUUGAAUAAGUCGAAGAGUUUUGGAAAUUUUCUAAAUUAGGGUUUUUACCUUACAAAGAAAAUGAAAUAUUUAUUUUAGGAAGCAAUAUUGAAUUAAUUGAUAAAAUUGAUGAUAACAUUACUGCAUUAACAAAUUUGCUAGGAAAUAGGUACAUUAGCAAUUUAAAACUCAGAGUUGAGAGAUAAUAUAUGCUUUUUAAAUAUGUUUAGGAAUUGCUUGAUGAGUGGAUGCUUCAUUAAAAGAAUUGGCUUUAUUUAAAGCCUAUUAUGUCGACUGGAUAUGCUUAAAAACAUCUCAGUAAAGAGUGUUAAAAAUUCUAAAAUUGUGAUUAAAUUUGGAAAAAAUUUAUGAAAUAGGCAAAAGAAUUGCCCUUAAUUAGAAGAUUAGCAGAUGAUUUUAGGAGCCAAUUUUUAAUGAAGCCUCUUAAAUAAAACAAUCUGCACUUUGAUUAAAUUUAGAAAGCUUUAGAUGAAUUUUUAGAUUAAAAAAGAGAAGCUUUCUAGCGUUUUUUCUUCUUGUCAAAUGAUGAAUUACUUGAAAUACUAUCAACAGUAAAAACACCUUAGUAAGUUGUUCCACAUCUAAGAAAAUUAUUUGAAAAUAUAGACGACAUAGAAAUUGAAGGCCAAAAUGCAAGGAAAAUGAUAUCUUAAGAAGGCGAAAAAGUUAUUUUGAAAUACUGCAUAUUGAAGGGAGAAGUUGAGGAGUGGCUUUAAAUGAUUUUAGAUUAGAUGAAGUAUUCUCUCUCACAUCUUUUUUUGAAUUGCUUAAUUAGAUAUGAAUAAGAAAAAAUGACUUUACCGAAAUGGAUACCCGAAUUCCCUAAUUAAGUAAUUCUGACAGUAAAUAGAAUGUAGUGGACUUAUAUCUCUGAGGAUUACUUAGAUCCAGAAAAUCCAUAAGAUCUUGGUGAAUGGCAUUACUCCUUAGUACUAUAACUUGAGGAUAUAACUGGUAUGAUCAAGCAAAAAUUAGAGAAAUCUGAAAGGAGAAAGAUUGUUGCUUUAGUCACCUAAAUGGUGCAUUUUAGAGAUAUAGUAGAAGAUAUGUGCUUGAGUGAAACUAGAGUAACAACAAAUGACUUUAAAUGGGCUCAGUAACUUAAAUUCUAUGAAGAAGAUAAUGCUAUCAUCGCUAAAUAAGUUGAAAGUAAAUUAUACUAUGGAUACGAGUAUAUGGGAGCUACUACUAGAUUGGUUAUAACUCCACUUACUGAGCGCUGUUGGAUAACAAUUACUGGAGCACUUCACAUUAAAUUAGGUGCUAAUCCCACAGGUCCUGCAGGUACAGGUAAAACUGAAAGUUGUAAAGACUUAGCAAAAGCCUUAGGAAGGUAUUGCAUAGUCUUUAAUUGCAGUGAAUAAGUUAAUGUUAAGAUUAUGGAAUAACUUUUCACUGGAUUAUCGUACACAGGUGCAUGGGCAUGCUUGGAUGAGUUUAAUAGAAUUGACAUUGAAGUACUUUCAGUCAUUGCUUCUUAAGUGCUAACGAUAAGGCAAGCUUUGCUUCAAGAUAAAAAUCAAUUCUUAUUUUAUGGAAAAAAUGUAAACCUCGAUAAAAAUUUGGGAAUAUUUAUUACUAUGAAUCCAGGAUAUGCUGGGAGAACAGAAUUACCUGAUAAUUUAAAGAGUUUAUUCAGACCUGUUUCAAUGAUGGUUCCAGAUUACACUCUUAUAGCAGAAAUCAUGUUGUAUUCAGAAGGUUUUUCUAAUGCCAAAGACCUUUCUAAAAAAAUGACCAAAUUAUAUAAACUUUCUAGUGAGUAAUUAAGCCAGUAAGAUCACUAUGACUUUGGUAUGAGAGCUGUUAAGAGUGUUUUAGUAAUGGCUGGUGCUUUGAAAAGAUCACACCCUAAUAUACCAGAAGAUGUACUACUUAUCAAAGCUAUGAGAGACAGUAAUGUCCCUAAGUUUUUGAACUAAGAUCUGCCUCUUUUCGAUGCUAUACUUUAGGAUUUAUUUCCUAAUUUAAAUCUACCAAGCACUGACAAUAAGCAGCUAUCUGAUUAUUCAGAAAAAGAAAUGAUAAAAUGUGGGUUAAAAGAAAGCAAAAAAUUUAUUGAAAAGGUUAUAUAAACACAUCAAAUUAUUAAUGUUAGAUUUGGCAUUAUGGUAAUAGGACCAACAAUGAGUGGAAAGUCGAGUAUCUUAAAAAUUUUGAAUAGAGCUUACACAAACAGUAAAGAGUAUCAAUAAACGAAUAACUCAAAUUCUAUUCUGUCAAGUUAAGAGCAACUAAUUAAAUACCCAGAAGUAAUUUCUAGGACUGUUAAUCCUAAAGCGAUUGAUUUAAAUGAGCUCUAUGGCGAUUUUGAUUAAGUUACUUAAAGUUGGAAUGAUGGUUUGGUGAGUAAAAUUAUAAGAGAAUAUGUAGACGAAACUGCUGGAGAAACAAUUCAAGAAAAGUUAUCCAAGAUGGAAAAUGAGCUCAAGCGAAAAGAGAGUUUUAAUUAGGAUAAUCUACAGACUUCUGCUUGGGAAGAAAGCAAAAGAUCUUCAAUUUUAAAUGUCUCAGCAACCUAAGCCAGCAUCAUUUCUUCACCUAGUUAAAAAAGAUCAGAUAGAGAAUAAUAAAAAUGGAUAGUUUUUGAUGGACCUGUUGAUGCUUUGUGGAUUGAAAAUAUGAAUAGUGUAUUAGAUGAUUCUAUGACAUUAUGCUUAUCAAAUGGUGAGAGAAUUAAACUUAAACCAAAUAUCAAAAUGGUUUUUGAAGUUACAGAUUUAUCAUAUGCAUCACCCGCAACAGUUUCAAGAUGCGGAAUGGUUUACGUUGAUUAAGGAGUUAUUGACACAUUUUUAAUUACAGAUAGCUAUAUUGAAAAGGAAUUACCUGAAAAAUUAGAUUAAGAAUAAAUAGAUUUUGUAAAGACUCUUGUAAAAUAAUGUAUUGUCAAUGGAUUGGAUUACUUAAGUAGAUAAUGUAAAUAUAUUAUUCAGGUAUCUGAAUAGAUUUUAGCAUUGUCACUCUGCAGAUUGAUCAAAGUUUACAUAUUCCAAGAGAAAGAAGAUCUAAAGGAAAAGGGAAUGCUUAUUAAAAAGGUAAUUGAGAAAAUAGUAUUGUUUUGCUAUUAUUGGACAACUUAUACUUUGAUCCACAUUGAAGCACUUCCCAGAUAUGAUAGACACUUAGGAGAAAUAUUUUCGGCUGAUAUUGUUAGAGCUAAUAUGUAUGAUUACCUACUCAAAGUAUAAGGAUAUGAAGCUGAGUUAUAUCACUGGGAUUUGCAAAUGGAAUAGUUUUAAUACAGAAAAGGGAUGAGUUUUUAUGAGAUGACAGUCUAAACAAAAGAAACUAUUUGUGUUUCAUAUUUUUUGCAAUUGUUCUUGUUCUAACAGUAAUCAAUUUUUGUUACAGGAGAAACAGGAACUGGGAAGACAGUUAUCAUAGAUAACUUUAUCAAGAAAUUGUCUUCAAAAGAAAAGCAUGUCACUAUCCAACUCAACUUUUCCAGCGAAACAAAGACUCUAAAUGUUUAAAAUACGAUAGAAUCUAAGCUCAUUCAAUAGAGAAGGCACUAAAAGCUCUUUUUGGAACCACCUCCAGGAAAGAAAAUGAUAGUUUUUAUAGAUGAUGUGAAUAUGCCUAAGGUCGAAAAGUAUGGAGCAUAACCAGUUAUAGAGCUAUUAAGAGUUUUAUAAGAAAAUAAGGGACUUUACGAAAGAAAAUCUUUAGUUUGGAGAUCUAUCUCUUCGACAUCUUUAGUUAUAGCUGGAGGAAUGCCUGGAGGAGGAAGAUCUAAUUUGUCAACAAGAUUUUUAAGAUAUUUUAAUAUAAUUAAUCUCAAUUAAUAUUCAGAAGACUCUAUGGUUUCUAUCUUUUCUAAUAUAUUAAAAACUAUUAAGUAUAAUUAUACAUUUAAUAAUUAAAUAAAUGAUUUGAUAGAUAGAGGUGUUAUUGUUAAGAUUACAAUUUAAUUAUUUCAACAUAUUUAAUAAGAAUUACUCCCUACACCAUAAAAGUGUCAUUACAUUUUUAAUAUGAGGGAUAUUGCUAAAAUAUUUUAAGGAAUGUUAAUGAUUAGAGCUUAAACAGUAAAUACAAAAGAGAAUUUUGGUAAGCUGUGGCUCCAUGAGUGUUGUAGAGUAUUCAUGGAUAGAUUAGUAAGUAUUAAAGAUAUUGAAUGGUUCUAGGAGUUAGCAUCAAAGCUGAUUUUUUUUAACUUUCAAUUUGAAGUGAAAAAUGUUUUUCAAUUCUUCGACUCUCUUUCAUUUUCUCCUGUUUACAAAUCUGACUCAUACGAAUAUGUCUCAGACGCGGCCGCCUACAAAAAAAGAAUUGAAGAGGUGAUGAAUACUAAAACAUCUAUGAAUUUAGUUCUCUUUAGUCAUACUAUUUAGCAUAUCACUAGGAUGGCAAGAGUGCUUCAUUAAGAAAGAGGCCACUUCAUGAGUGUAGCUGUUGGUGGCUCAGGAAAAAAAUCUUUAUCAAUUUUAUCAGCUCUCCUAACUGAAAUGCCAUACUCUUAGAUUAUGCUUAAAUAAAAUUAUGGUAUGAAGGAUUUUCAUGAUUUACUUUUAAAGACUAUGAAGGAAGUUGCUUUUAAAAAUUAAAAUUAAAUACUUCUCAUAAUGGACAAUUAAAUUGUUAAAGAAUAAUUCCUUGAAGAAAUAAAUAACAUUAUGAAUUCUGGUGAAGUUCCGGGUAUAAUAACUAAAGAAGAGUUAGAAAUUAUUGAAGAUAACUUAAAAAGUGAUGCAAAACAGUAAGAUUCAAAAUUAUAAGCUUAUGAUUUAUUUGUUUAGAGAGUUAGGAACAAAUUGCAUGUUGUUUUAGGAAUGAGUCCAGUUGGAGAGAGUUUUAGAAACAGGAUAAGAAUGUUUCCAAGUUUAACUAAUUGCUGUACAAUUGAUUGGUUUUAGCCUUGGCCAGAAGAGGCCUUACUUUAAGUAGCAACGAGCUUUUUAGAAAAAGAAAGCAGCUUGACUAAGCUAAGCAAAUAAAUUUUAGCAAAGUGCUUUGUCUUUACUCACUAAGUAAUUACCCAAAGUAUCGAAGAUUUUUACAAUGUUUGGAAAAGAAAGGUUUACUCAACGCCAAAGAAUUAUAUUUAAAUGAUAAUGAAUUAUAGAAAUCUAUUAAGAACACAAAAUAAUUAUCAAACAUAAUAAAAAAAUAAACUUCAAAACGGUUUAGAUAAGUUAUAAGAAGCUAACAAAGUUAUUGAUGUUUUAGAAGAAAAAUUAACCAAACUUUAACCAGAGUUAGUAAAAAAAACAGAGGAAAUAGAAAUUCUUAUUGAAAAAUUACAGAUAGAUAAGAAUGAAGCAAACGAAGCCAAAAAAUUAGUUGAAAUAGAGGAAAAAAUAGUAGAGUAAAAGGCAGAAGAAAUAAAAAAGCUUUAAAAUGAAGCGAGUUUGAUUCUCAAAAAUGCAAUGCCUUAACUUCAUAAAGCAACAGAAGCUCUUAACACUUUAAACAGAAAUGAUAUAAGUGAAAUGAGAGCAUAACACAACCCUCACCAACUGGUUAGAUUUACGUUGGAAUGUGUAGCCAUUUUACUUGAUGAAAAAAUGGAUUGGGACAAUAUUAAAAAAAUGAUGGCUGAUACAAACUUUUUAUAAAGAUUGAAAAAUCUAAAUGUAGAAAAAAUUCCAAUAAAAAUUCAAAAAGAAAUAAAAUCAAGAAUAUAAAAUAACCCUGAUUUUAAACCAUCUAUCGUUAAAACAAUUAAUUAUGCUGCUAAAUCUAUGUGUUCAUGGGUAAGAGCCGUGGAUAGAUUUUAGGAUGUCUUUUAUGAGAUAACAUAAAAAAGAGACUAUGUUAAAAAAAUGGAUGAAGAAUAUGCAAAUGCAUUUAGUAUUUUGAAGUAAAAGAGAGAUGAACUUGAUAAAAUUAUAUAAAAAUUCUAGAAAUUCGAAAAUGAACUACAAAAUUCUAUAAAAUAAAAGGAUGAUUUAAAAAAUGAAAUCGAAUUAACAAAAUAACGUUUGAUUAAUGCAGUUGAAUUGAAAUCUGGGCUUUCAGAUGAAGAAGAAAGAUGGAAAAAUAAAAUUAUAGAUUUGGAGAAUUCAAUUGGUUAUUUGCAGGGAAACAUGUUUUUAGCAGGUUCUUACAUCUGCUAUUUUGGUCCUUUCAAUGGUGAAUUUAGAUAAAUUAUUAUUGAACAACUGAUGGAAAACCUAAAAUAAGAAAAUAUACUUUUCAAUGAAAAAUAUAAUAUUGGGGAUGUUCUCGGAUACUAAGUUACUAUCAGAGAUUGGAAUCAAAAAGGUCUCCCAACAGAUUUAGUUUCUAUAGGAAAUGGAAUAAUAGCACUUAAUGAAUUUAAUUAUAAUAAUGAUUAGUCAUCCUUUCCUUUACUUAUUGAUCCAUAAAAUUAAGCUUUAAUAUGGUUAAAGCAGAUGUUUGGUAUUGACAAUAUUACUAUGAUUUAGAUCAAUUCUGAUAAUCUCAUCAAAACUGUUGAGAUGUGUAUAAGAGUGAAUAAAAUAUUAUUUAUUGAGUAGGUAAAUGAAUAAUUCCUUGAUCCAUAGCUUGAUCCAAUACUUUUGAAAUAAUUCGAAUAUGUAAAUGGUAGGAAGGUUAUUAAAUUUAAUGGAUCUAAUCUUGAAAUGGCACCAAAUUUCAAAUUAUUUAUGUUUACUAACCUUGGAAAUCCUAAUUAUCUUCCUGAAGUCUUCAUAAGAGCAAAUGUGAUCAACUUUUAGGUAACUGAGCAAGGUCUUGAAGAGCAGCUUUUAGGAGAAGUUUCUAGUAGAGAAACUCCUGAGCUAGAAAAAGAGAAGCAUAAUUUAAUACUUACAAUAGGAAAUGGUAAAACAACUCUCACUAAUAUAGAAGACAAGAUUUUAGAAUUAUUAGCUAAUAGUUAAGGAAUUAUUUUAGAUGAUAAAGAGUUGAUAGAUAAUCUCAAAAAAUCUAAGAAAAUAUCUAUUUCAGUUAAGGAGGGUCUUAUUUAGAGUGAAAUCAAAGAAGAAGAGAUAGAAAUUGUGAGAAAUUUGUAUAGAAAAGUUGCUCGAAGAGGAUCAAUUUUAUUCUUUUGCAUAUAGAAGCUCUAAUUAAUUGAUCCCAUGUAUUAAUUUUCUCUAAGCUACUUUAAUAGAUUAUUUAUUCAUAACUUGCAAACGUCUCCAUAAUCAGAUGUUCCAGAAGAAAGAGUGGAAUUCAUCAAAAAUUGUACAACCUCGAAUAUAUUUUAAAAUGUUAUAAGAUCUCUUUUCAACAAUCAUAAAAAAAUUUUUAGUUUUAUGCUAUGCACAUAGAUUGCUUUAGACUCUGGUUUACUCUCUCACUAAGAAUACAAUUAUUUAAUUUAUGGUGACAUAUAUCUUGAUAAAUUAAUUUCAUCAAUCUCUGAAGAGCAAGUUACUUUACAAAACUAUGUUCCUUAAUCAAAAUAACUUAAAAUAUCUGAAAAACUUUACAAAAAUAUUCCAAAAUUAGAAAUUCUUAACCCAAUUCUUUUUAGAGGUUUAUGUGAAAAAAUGAAUUCUUCAUUAAAAUAAUGGAACUAUUGGUUAAAAUCAUAGGAUCCUUUGUCUAACUUUCCUCCUGGUAUUGUAAAUGGAGAUUUAACACCUAUCUAAAAGUUGCUUCUAUUAAAAGCUUUCAGGUCAGAUGAAUUUGUGUCAGGUAUGAUGCACUAUGUUGCAUCUGUGCUUGGUCAUUAAUAUGUAGACCAUUCACCUGCUUCAAUGGAGGAAGUGUUUGUAGAUUCUGAUUAUACAACUCCUCUAAUUUUUAUACUUUCUUAAGGUGUUGACCCAUUAAUUAAAAUAAUGAAUUUUGCUACAACUAAAGGAAUUGAUCAAAUAAACAUGAACAUAGUGUCUUUGGGAAGAGGUUAAGAAUAAUAAGCUGAAAAAGCUAUUCAAGAUGGCUUAAAAAAUGGAAAGUGGGUUAUUUUGUUAAAUUGUCACUUGGGAAAGGGAUUUAUGAAAUAACUUUCUAAGCUAGUUGAAUCAAUACCAAAUGAUCCAAGAAUUUAAGUUAAGAAACAUAAGGAAACCUUUAGACUAUUUUUAACUUCAAUGCCAUGUGAUUAUUUCCCAGUUUCUAUUUUAUAAAACGGUAUAAAAAUUACAAAUGAAUCUCCUAAAGGAAUAAAAGCAAAUCUUUAAAAAACUUAUGUUGAAUUACCGUAAAAUUGUUUAGAUGCUGCUAAUGAAAUAGGAAAUGAUAAGUGGAGAAAGCUCUUGUUUUCAUUUUGCUUAUUUCAUGCAGUAGUAUAAGAAAGAAGGAAAUUUGGUAGCUUAGGUUGGAAUAUUAGUUAUGAUUUCAAUGAAAGUGAUCUUCAAACCUCUCUGACUAUUUUAACUAACGUAUUAAAUACAUAUGACCGUAUACCAUGGGAAAAUUUAUAGUAUAUAAUUGGAGAGAUUACUUAUGGUGGCAGAGUUACAGACAAUCAAGAUAGAAUAUGUUUGAUGUCAUAAUUGCAAUAAUUUUGUAAUCCUUAAGUUAUUUAAGAUAAUCAUUAAUUUUCUAAAGCAUAUAAAUAAAUAUCCUUUUAAAAUGGCACUUCAUAUACUGACUAACUGAAAGAAUACCUAGAUUAGCUUCCAGCUUAAGACUAUGCAGAUAUAUUUGGUAUGCAUGAGAAUGCAAUUAUUUCAUCUAAAUUUAAUGAAACAAAUGAAAGUCUUAAGCUAUUUAUAGAUGCAUAACCAAAGUAUUAACAAAGAACUUCAAAGAAUUAAGCUAAAUCUUAAAGUGAGUAGGAAAAAGAUGAGAAUAAGCCUUCUUAUAUUGUAACUGAGGAAGAGGAGAUAUUUGAUAAAUGUAGGUAUUUUGAGAAAAAUUUACCUUCUAUUAUGAAGCAUGUUGAGAGAAAACCUAAAAAGCAAAACAAACAGCUUUAUCUUCUUCAACUCUAAUAAGAGCAGUUUAUGAGUGAAAAGAAAAAGAAGAAGCACUAUUUAAAAAUGAAUAAAGAAGAAUCACGCUAAACUCGUAAAAAUUUUAUUGACUCUUUAGAAAUGUGCUUGCAGCAAGAAAUAGAAAGGUUCAAUAGGCUAUUAGAAGUUAUGAAAUAAAGCUUAUCAAAUUUGAAAAGAGCAAUAAAAGGUGAAGUAGUUCUAUCUAAAAGGCUUGAAUUAAUGUAUAACAGCAUUUUGCUGAAUAGAGUCCCUGAAAUCUGGUUAGAGAAAAGCUAUUUAUCAAUGAGAAGUUUGUCAAGUUGGUUUAGUAAUUUGAUAGACAGAGUUAAUUUUUUCACAGAAUGGCAAAAGGAAAAACCUAAAGCUUUUUGGCUGAGUGCAUUUUUCUUCCCAUAAGGAUUUUUAACCUCAGUUUUAUAAAACUAUGCAAGAAAAUACAUGGUACCAAUCGACACAUUAAUAUUUGAUUUUAAAUUCAUGAACUCCAUACCAACAAAAAAAUAAUAACAAAUAGUUGAUAAUAAUAACUAAUAAUAAGUUAGAGGGCCUUCUAUGACUUAAAUAAACCCAUAAGAAAUUUACAAUGAUGAAAGAGAAGAGUUAAAAGCAAAACAAAAGCAAAGACAAUUGUAACAAUAAAUUUUACAACAAAAAAUUAAUGAACUCCUGAAGUAAUAAGAAGAGGAGGAAAAAGAAGAAAACAUGGAUGGAUGUUUAAUUUAUGGGCUUUAUUGUGAUGGAUGUAGAUUCUCUUCCAGCUUAGAUUGUAUUGAAGACAAUGAAAUAGGUAUUUUAAAUAAAUAAGCUCCAGUAAUUCAUUUUAUCCCUAAGGAAAUAAAAUUACUCAGUGAAGCUGAAGUAAUAAGACUUCAAUAAGAAAAAUAUAGAUAAAUACAAAUAUAAAAUAGAUCAGAUAAAGAUAUAAAUAAUGAAGUAGGAAUGAAACUUGAAACAAAUUAAAGUAAUAAGAAUUUAAUUAUUAAAAAUAAUUCAUCACUGAUAAAAGACAGUUAGUUGCUUGAAGGAUAAAAACUUGCUCAAUUUACAUUUUUAAUGCCUCUUUACAAAACUGUGUAAAGAUCAGGAGUUCUUUCAACAACAGGGCAUUCCACAAAUUUUAUUAUAUCAAUUUCUGUUCCUACUAAAUAACCUUCCUUUUAUUGGAUUUUAAGAGGAGCUGCUUUUGUAUGUGAUCCAGAAUCUUGUUGA